AUGAGUGCACUUCGAAAUUUCACUCGAAGAUGCUCAACUUGGCUCAGUUUGUCGAUAGCUGUUAUUCGAACUCUAGUCAUCAGAAAUCCAAUGAAUCCGAAAUAUGAGAAGUUGUCUAAGCCGAAAACUGCAUUCACCGUGAUUUUAGUGAUCUACGUGCUAUGCUUCCCGCUAGCAGUUGUAGAAUAUUUAGGAAAUUGGUUGAUUGAAAAUGUGGAUGCAGUAGAGUGCAGAGAUAAUGAAACCAUGAGCGUUUAUUACUACACAGUGGAUUCUCAGACUGGUUCACUGACAAUGAUUAUAUGGUUUACAAACUGUUUUAUGCUUUUUCCAUGUAUCCUCUUUCCAAUUUUCACCACUUUUCUUAUUAUUGAAAUUCGAAAAGCCGAAAAGUCGAGACAAAAUCUGUUUGUAUCAAAGUCUGACUCUGGAAACACCACGAAACUCAUCUUCUACCUCACACUGACAUUCUUCAUUGCUUUCUGGAAACAAGGACUGCGUAAACACUGUGCAAUCUACGAGUUGAAUUACUUCAUAUACAUAUACUCGUAA